UGCACUUGUACACAUUUUACGUUUUGGCGGCACACGGGUGAAGGAAAUAGCCACAACAAGUCACCAGAAAAAGACGGCAGCAGGAUUUCGACAAACCAACAUGAUGAGGUUAGCUGUGAUCGGCUUGAUUUGCUCAUUGGCACUAUCGGAAGCUGUGAAGCUUGACAUGGGGUUUGUAAAGAAAACCCCGCCGGGACAGGCAAAAAUCAGAGAGGCCAAAAACCCCAAGAAUGCCAUAGAAGGAGAAUACAUUGUUGCCAUGAAGAAAGGCAAGGAUAAGGCCCAAGUUAAAAGCCACAAGCAGGUAGUUAAGAAUACACUUGGCGUCUCCGAUAUUGACGUUGAUAGUCCCGUGUAUAAUCUCCCUGGAAGAAGUUACUACAAACUGAAAGUUUUGAAUAAAGGGAGAAUUAAAAGCAUCCUGAGGAGUUUGGCAGAUUAUGGAGACGACAUCGACUACAUCGAGCCCAAUUUAAAGGUUCAAGCUGCUGGAACUGAAAUAAAUCGUAAUGAGUUUGACUGGUUCUUAGACCGCAUUGAUCAAAGGGAUGGAAAAUUAGAUAGCACGUUUAGAACAGAAGAAUUCAGGUCACCAGUGGACGUUUUUGUUCUGGAUACUGGGAUAAAUCGAGACCACAGGGGUUUUCAAAACAGAGUGAAAUGGGCGCACAACUGCGUGGAUGGCAAUGUGAACACGUGGCACGUUCCUGAUACUCAUGGACACGGUUCUAUAGUAGCAGGACUGAUAGCUUCUGUUAGCAAGGGCAGCAUUUUGAAUGCAGUGAAGAUUCUAGACGAAAAUGGAUCCGGAGACAUCUACACUCUACUCUGUGGGCUAGAUUACAUAGCUAGUAGACUGACGGGCGAAGGUGCAGAUUCCACCCACGGAUCUAAAUCAGUAAUCAACUUAUCCGUAACAACAAAUGAGUAUUCGAUUGCAAUCAGUGACGAAAUGCAGAAAUUCGUCGAGAAAUUCAAAGCUAUCCCAGUGGCAGCCGCCGGGAACAACAACGUCUCUGCUUGCGACAUUUAUCCUGCAGGCUCCAACUAUUCAAUAUCUGUCGGUUGCUCUGGGCGUAAUGAUGACUUUUGUGAAAAUACGAAUUAUGGUCCUUGUGUUGACAUCUUGGCACCGGGCUCCAGUAUACGUGGUUUUAAGUCAACGCAAAACAGUGGAUAUUACAGCGGUUAUACUGGAACGUCGUUCUCCACCGCUCUCACGUCGGGGGUUAUAGCGGAGUACCUGAGUAAGCAGGUUGACCUGCCAGGCUUUGAAGAUGUAAGACAAUGGCUCAUUGACAUGUCCACCAAGAACCAGAUUAGCUUUCAGGCUAGUCCAUGGGCCUCAGACACGCCCAACCGCUUGUUGUAUCAUCCUUCUUGUUAGACUACUGACGUGUGGUCGCUGUGCCCCAAGCAAGUGUCUUAUCGCUGACUGAAGCUUUUCUUCGUGUAAAGUGCUAUACAUCUUCACUUUUGUCAAAUGUGUUGGAUAAAUGACAUUCAUUUGGAUUUAUCUAACUCAUCGGUAUCCAACAUUAUUUUUCUUAUUUUAAAGUUUAUUCUGAAUUCUACACUUCGUAUCAACACAGUUAAACUUAGAACUAUGGUUUAUGAAAAACGAUGAGAAUCCGCUAUCAUGUGCCAGAAAGGUAUAAGUUAUGCAAAAAAAGAGAAGUGUUGACAGUGCUGUAACUGGGAAAAUAUUUUAUUAAAUAAAACAUACCUUGGUUAUACUUUUA